AUGGUGACUAUAAACGAAUUCCUUGUCGGCGAGAUCGUCUCGGCCACGUUGGUCUGCAUCAUCACGCAGCUUUUCAUCGGCUCAUUCCUGAGAAACCGCUCUCGGAAGCUCCCCCCAGGGCCGAGAGGGUGGCCGAUCAUCGGGGCGCUGCCUCUUCUCGGAACCAUGCCCCAUGUAACCCUAGCAAAAAUGGCCAAAAGGUACGGGCCAGUUAUGUACCUGAAGAUGGGCACCUGCGACAUGGUGGUGGCGUCGACCCCGGAUGCAGCUCGGGCAUUCCUGAAAACCCUAGACAUGAAUUUCUCAAACCGCCCACCGAACGCCGGCGCGACCCACAUGGCGUAUAAUUCUCAAGACAUGGUUUUUGCCGAUUACGGGCCAAGAUGGAAGUUGCUUAGGAAGCUGAGCAGCCUCCACAUGCUUGGUGGCAAGGCCCUCGACGAGUGGACUGACGUCCGGGCGGCCGAGCUUGGCCACAUGCUCCGAGCGAUGCAGGAAUCAAGUGGGCAGGGCCAGCCGGUGGUGGUGCCGGAGAUGUUGACCUAUGCCAUGGCCAACAUGAUCGGCCAAGUGAUACUGAGCCGCCGCGUGUUCGUGACGAAAGGGUCCGAGUCGAACGAGUUCAAGGACAUGGUGGUGGAACUCAUGACCUCCGGAGGCUACUUCAACAUCGGCGACUUCGUACCGUCGAUCGCCUGGAUGGAUUUGCAAGGGAUUGAAGGAGGAAUGAAGCGGCUGCACAAGAAAUUCGAUGCCUUGUUAACGAGGAUGAUCGAGGAACAUAUGGCCACGGCUCAUGAACGUGAAGGCAAGCCAGAUUUCCUCGACAUUUUGAUGACUAAUUGUCAAGAGAACAAUACCGGGAGCGAGACACUCAAUUCGACCAAUGUUAAGGCUCUUCUAUUGAAUUUGUUCACGGCGGGCACGGACACUUCGUCUAGCGUGAUAGAAUGGGCGCUGGCCGAGAUGCUGAAGAACCCCAGCAUCUUUCGACGGGCGCACGAGGAGAUGGAUCGAGUCAUCGGCAGGCAACGGCGGCUUCGAGAGUCCGACCUUCCAGGACUCCCGUACCUACGAGCCAUCUGCAAGGAAUCCUUCCGGAAGCAUCCGUCGACGCCCCUGAACCUGCCCCGCGUCUCAGCCGAGCCGUGCCUAGUGAAUGGGUACUACAUACCCGGGAACACCAGGCUCAGCGUGAACAUAUGGGCGAUCGGGAGAGACCCCGAUGUGUGGGAGGACCCUCUCGAGUUCGUCCCCGAGAGGUUCCUCUUGGAGAAGCACGCGAAGGUCGACGCGCACGGGGGCAGCUUCGAGCUGAUGCCGUUCGGGGCCGGAAGAAGGGUUUGCGCCGGGGCGAGGAUGGGAGUGGUGAUGGUUGAGUACAUUUUGGGGACCUUGGUGCACUCCUUUGAAUGGGGACUACCAAAUGGAGUCGACGAGCUAAACAUGGAUGAGACUUUUGGUCUAGCACUGCAAAAAUCUGUGCCGCUCUCGGCUCUCGUUAGCCCUAGACUCUUGCCCAGUGCAUAUACUUAA